GUGAGCUUCAUGAGCGCGAGGUUGGCGGCGAAGUCUUAGGGAGCGUCGCUCUUCCGGUGUCGUAUGGCGACUGCAGCGGAUGUUGACAUUUUCUUCGGGAGCUUGCUCGCUGCCGCCGAGAGAUGUGAGCUGUCUGUCGUCUUGGCUUCUGGAUUCGCCCUCGUCUUCGCCCAAUUCCCACUCGGAAGGGGAGCCGCUUCUCGGCGAGCCCGGCGGUCUCGCGUCGCGUCGGCGCCGCGUGCGUGCGAUGAUGGAGGACUUCGACGAGAUCUACGAGGAAGAGGAGGAGGAAGAAGAGGACGAGGACAGGGCCGCGGAGGAGCAGCUCCUCAAGUACGCCCCGGACCCGGUGGUGGUGCGAGGCUCCGGCCACGUCACGGUGUUUGGACUCAGCAACAAAUUUGAAUCAGAAUUUCCGUCAGCGCUUACGGGAAAGGUGGCACCCGAGGAAUUCAAAGCGAGCAUCAACCGUGUGAACGGCUGUCUGAAGAAGACGCUGCCGGUCAACGUGCGCUGGCUGCUGUGCGGCUGCCUGUGCUGCUGUUGCACGCUCGGCUUCAGUUUGUGGCCUGUGAUUUGCCUCAGCAAGCGGACAAGAAGAUCUAUAGAGAAACUUCUAGAGUGGGAGAACAGCAGACUCUACCACAAGCUGUGUUUGCAUUGGCGACUGAACAAAAGAAAGUGUGAAUCCAACAACAUGAUGGAAUAUGUAAUCCUAAUAGAAUUCCUGCCGAAGAUCCCUAUCUUCAGACCCGACUAGCCGAUCGCAUCUUCACAAUUGUCGCCGUUUGAGAUUUUUGUUUACAGGGCGACAUCGGCCCUCUUUUUUUCUUUUUGGACGACUUCUCCUCCUUUUGGUUUACAAGCCCAGCAUCCUAAUGAGUGAACUCAGGCGAGCCGGCGAGCUCCCAUGUGAUGCGGAUCGGGCAGGCGGCGCCGUGGAUUUUAGGACUAGCGCUGGAAACGGAACUCUCUGAACACUCGCGGGUUUCCAGAUUGGAGCGCAGUGUGAAGACGGUGACAGGAGCGCCGUCAGACGCCGGGCCGCCGCCGAGCCACCACAUCCAGCCCGGUGCUUUUGAAAGCGUCACGUUGGCUCGCUUCGCUUCGCUGUGCGUCGCCUGAACUCGGAGACGAUCGCACGCUUCACACUGUGGGACAAAAAAUGCCCUGCCCUAAGUUACCAUGGCAACAUGCAAGGGAGGCCACUAGUGAUGAAGAGAUGACUCCCCCCCCCCCCUAACCAUUUUGGUGAAAGCAACGGUGUGAAAAAACUGUGUGUGACAUCACAUUACAGAUUAUGCAUUAUUUUUCUGAAUGGCAGGCAGCCUUUUGUUUUGUUCAAAUUCCUCUUUUGCCAAAGGCAUCUUAUUCCUUUUUUGGUUCUUUUCAUUUGUCAGUGUGUGUGACGACGUGUGAGCGUGGGACCUUCAAAGUCGAACAGUUUUUUGAUUUUUUUUUUAGUUGUCUAAAACCUCCAAGGAUUUAAAACAUUUAACUGUCAUAUAAGUAUAAACUACUCACUAUUUUGAUUAUCUGUGAUGGACCAAAAGAGAUGUAAUGAGAGUGUUUGCACAGUGAUACUGCCACCUAUUGGUGGUGGUUAUAUCUUUCUGGAAUGAACAAGCGGUGCGUGUCUGGAUGGAAAGCCGUUUGAGCCGUUACUCGGUAUCUUUGACGUCGAGCUUCCGAAUUGAGUGAGGACAGAGCGCAUACUCGUACGUGGACCUUCAAGGAUCGCGAAUAAUUGCUCAAACAGCUUUCCAUAUGUCUUGCAUAAAAAGCAAAACACGUGUGGUGUUAAUCCUUCCGACACUAGCUCAAGUCUCUCAAAAUUUGAAGUUGAAGAAUGAUUAACUUUUGGGGGGGGGGGAAUCGCAUUGAACUCUAAAUCGUACAACCUUUGAACUUCGGAGCUUCCAGUGCUUUUCGUUCGUAGUCGUGUGUGACCUGUAAAAGAACACUAUGGAUGUGAAUGUGAUCCUUCACAGCGCCCAGGGAGGUUUACAGCUGCGAGUGUGGCCCAGAUGAGGAAAUCGGACCGUUUCUUGCACUGGCCAAUGACUAAAAGUCGCUGAACUUGUUUUCAUUUGGAGUUUCCAACGCAAUUAGCGUAGAUUCCCGAAGCUGUCGUGAGCUUACCUCUCAUUGUUUUUCAUGACCUUUGGAAAUGUCCCCCAUUAAAGGUCAUCACUGUUACCAUUCAAGUGCUUAUUAAUACGUUCUGCUUAAACAGAUUCUGUGACAAGGCACUGCUAGUGAAUCAAGAUUAGCUUUUUACAAGAUUUGUAACUAGGGAUGGGCAUUUGACUACAUUUUCUUGACGAUGGAGAAAAAUAACUUUUAUUUUAUUUUUUUUCAGCUCUUUUUCUGAAAGUUCCAAAGUUUUGAGCUGGCCGCAGGUGUUGUCGCCAAGUAGCUCAACUCCCAACCUUUGUGAAUCUUUACGCCGCAAACUAGUCGGGACCGACUCAAGAGCGCCCCCCGCGGCUGCAGUCAGUUAGUGUCGCUCGAGACGCGAUUCAACAACAAUUCAUUCCACACGACGGACAGGCUUCCUAACAAUCAAUUGGUCAAUGAUGCCCAUCCCUCUGUGGAAGUAAGCAGCGUGUGGAUGUGGGUCACACUCAGGGGAUUAUCAUCGAUCAUCAAUAAACAUGUAGCACAGACAGGGUAUUUUCUAUAGUUGUCCCACAAUGCUUGAAUCUCUGUUUGAUACAGUAUUAGCCCCAGCCUUCCCCUUCCAGCUAUUCCACUUUAAUGAAGGAAGUAAACACAUGCAACCGCUUUGCGUUGUUUUAUAUGUAGCGCACGUUCAAGAUUCCCAGCCCGGGCAUAUUUUGCGUUGCGUUUAGCUGGAAACGAUGCAAGAAAGUGGCACAACCCCAUAAGUCGUCGUCAUUCAUAUUGUUGGAAAAUGUGCUCUUUUUUUUACUUAUUUAUUUUUAAUUUUUGUUUUUUGUUUUAAUGCAAAGUGCUGACAUUCCAGAGGAAAUGCAAUAUUGUGGCAUCAUUCUAAAAGAUCCUGGUAUAUUCUAACACAAUCUACAGACAGGGCUGUUGAUCAAACUUCUGUGGCGGGCCACAUUGCGAUUUAUGACUUCCCUCAGACGGCCAUUCUGACUGAGACCAGCCGGCUCGUAUUAUUGCAUAUACAGUACACAAUAGAUGGAUAACUGACCGUGAAAACUUUGUUCAACUAUUGUUCAACUUAUGGCGGCACGGUGGCCGACUGGUUAGAGCGUCAGCCUCACAGUUCUGAGGUGCGGGGUUCAAUCCCCGUCCCCGCCUGUGUGGAGUUUGCAUGUUCUCCCCGUGCCUGCGUGGGUUUUCUCCGGGCACUCCGGUUUCCUCCCACAUCCCAAAAACAUGCAUUAAUUGGAGACUCUAAAUUGCCCGUAGGCAUGACUGUGAGUGCGAAUGGUUGUUUGUUUCGAUGUGCCCUGCGAUUGGCUGGCAACCAGUUCAGGGUGUACCCCGCCUCCUGCCCGAUGACAGCUGGGAUAGGCUCCAGCACGCCCGCGACCCUAGUGAGGAGAAGCGGCUCAGAAAAUGGAUGGAUGGAUGUUCAACUUAUUUGAAUAAGCGGUUCGGUGAUGAGGAAAAAAAAAACGCUGUGGAAUAUUUCAAUGUUAUUAAAAGUAAAGACAAUUUGCAGUUUAGUAAGAAAGGUGAAGUGGACGGACACACGUUAUUGCUUUAGAGGGCCUACUAAAAUGAAACGGCUGGCCGCAUCUGACCCCUGAAUCUCCUGUUUGACUCAUCAUCUAGCAUUCUAAUCAGUAUACUGUACGUUUAAACUAAUGGAUAUGCUGAAUGUACAGUAUUAAUCAGCUAAAUGUAAAAAAAAUGAUUUCCAGUGACACUUUCACUUCCAGCUGAAGAAACAAAAUUUGCUUCCAACUCCAAAUGUGGCCAGGUGCUGAAUCAUUUGAGGUUACUGGGUCGUGACUUAACGCUAUAUUGGCCUGUCGUGUUUUUGUUUUCUAUCAAGAAAGGCUUGAGGUCGUAAAUUAUUUGCAGAUAUUUGUGCAGCACGGACGCAUAACGGUGCAGUAUGCAAACGUUCUGUGUUCAUCUCAGACUGAUUCUGAAAGCUGUGCAGACUUUUCCGAUGAUUUUCUGUGUUUGUUUUGGGGAGGAAAUGUAUCCAGUACAUGACUUACAUGCAGGUGUGUGUACGUUAAUAAAUUACCGGGGAAACAGA